CAGCAGCAUUCUUCUUCAUUUCCUCCUCCUCCUGUUACUCCUCCUCCUCCUCCUCCUCCUCCUCCUCCUGUUACUCAGAGACAGUAAAGACGGCAAAUAAAUUGGUAGGAUUCAUUGGAAGAACCUUUGAAUUUAAAUCAGAAAAUGUUAUACUUGCCUUAUAUAACUCACUGGUGCGCCCUCAUCUAGAAUACUGUGUACAGUUCUGGUCACCAUACUACAAAAGAGACAUUGAAAAACUAGAAAAGAUACAGCGCAGAGUCACAAAGAUGAUUCCAAGAUUGCGCAAUAAGCCGUAUGAGGAACGACUGGAAGAACUAAAUCUAUUUAGUUUAACAAAGCGCAGGAUAAGAGGAGACCUAACUGAAGUGUUCAAAAUUUUCAAAGGAUAUAGUAACAUUGAUGCACAUAAAUAUUUUACCAUUGAUCAUUCUAACCUAACAAGAAAUAAUGGAUUCAAGAUUAUAUCCAAACGUUUUAAAUCCCACGAGGCCAAACAUUUUUUUUCUUUAAUCGUAUAGUAAAUAUAUGGAAUAAACUUCCUGCCGAAAUUGUGAGCAGCAAUACUAUUGAAUCAUUCAAAAAUAAAAUAGACAAAUAUUUAAAAUCAAAUCCCCAACAAGCCCUCUUCUUGUCCGAAUAAUUACUAAAUUCACUAAUAAACUCUUAUUUUACAGACACCAGUUUUAAUAUAAAUUGUAUUAACCUUUAGAUAGGCGUAUAGAGUUCACCGUAGGGUGAAUAGUAGAACUUCCUUUCAUCCUUUCCUAUGAAAAUUUCCAUGGCAGUUUUUCCGUACUGCAUGGUACUUGUCCCAACUAUUUCCAUGCCAGCGCAAGCUGGAGGGAGUGGUGGGUGGGGAGGAGCCUUCUGCUGUGCUGUCCUGUCUCUCUUCCCUGUAGCUAGUUAGGAGUAGUUACCAAACAGCCUUGCAAGGACUAAAAGGUCUGUUGCUGUUUGGCUUUCCUUUGUAUUCCUUUGUAUUCUCCUCUUCCUCCUCCUCCUCUUACUCCUCCUUUUCCUCCUCCUCCUCCUCCUGUUACUCCUCCUCCUCCUCAUUUUCCUCCUCACCAAUAAUUAAUAAAAUAAAGAUGAGUACAAGUAAUACCAUAAUUGAACACAAUAUUUCAUGACAUGGGAAGCCAAACAAUAAAUAAAUAAGUAAACAAAACUGACAAAAUGGCCGCCGUUCAAAUGAAACACCACCACCACCACCAACAACAACAACAACAACAACAACGACGACAACAACAACAACAACAACAACAACAACAAAGCUAACAAAAGAUAAAUAACAGGAUGAAAUCACCACGGAUAUAUUUAUAUUUAUUCAUUUAUUUAUUUUGUUUAUUUAUUGUAGAGAAGGUUACAAAAAAAUAAUAAUUACAAGAAGAAUGAAGAAAGAGAGAAAGAAGAAGAAGAAUAAGUAAAGCAGACUGUUUGAUAAGGAGAGAGUAAGGAAAGAAGCGAUUGGUGAUGAGUGGCAGGAAUGUAAACCUUUGAACCUUGUGUCAAGUCUCGUUAACCUAACAAGACAAGUCAGGUGAGGUGCAACAAGCCAGUAGGCCUACACGUGGCAGUCCCUGUGUGAAAUAUACCUGCCUAUUUCCAGCUGUCCUCCCCAUCCAUCACCCCGUCUAAUCUUCUCUCAAAGCUCCCUAAGACUCGCCACUAACAGCCUGCUGAUUGCUGAGUCCGUUCCACUCAUCUGCCACUCUGUUUGAGAACCAAUUUCUUCAAGCAUGAACCCGUUAUUUCUUGUUCUGUCCUGGUUACUCAUCCUGAGAAUUUUGCUUACGUCUCCCUUGUUGUUACCCUUAUACCACUUAAAGACUUCCAUCAGGUCCCCUCUUAACCUACGUCUCUCUAAACAAUGUAAAUUUAACGGCUUCAGUCUCGCCUCGUAAUUGAGUGAUCCGCGCCAAGGGUAAAGUCACUGUACGGUGAUAUUCCAAGCUGGGCAGUGAUCUGAACCUCCAGUGCUCCCUCCAGGUUCAGAUUUCUCCCUUUAGGUUCUCUUUUCCCGCUAUAAACAAAACAAGAUAUCCGAAGUUGACUGCCUCACUGUAUGAAAAAGUCGUAUACGACAACGCAUUCUGUUUUCAUGCAGACGUGAGAAUUGACCUUGUAUGAUACGAAACGCCUUUGUUGACUGCAAGUUUAUUGAGAUCUCCAUGACAGAGAGUCCGCUGGGAUUAAAUGAUGAAAUAAUUUGAUUCUCUUGAGUGAUGUGAACCUGAGUUUAAAUUUAUACCCCGACAUUGUCACGACACUUCCCUUUGUAAGUUGACGUAACUCUUCAUUUUGAAAUCAGUGUAGGUCCUGCAGCGUUCCUGGAUCCGUGCAGCAGCAGGUCCAGGCCACUCCCUUCAAGUGCCUCACCAGAGCGGUAUGAGCCUGGCUGGAAGUCACUCCCCCUCACCUGCCUCUCUUCAUCCCCUCCACCUUCAGAACAUUCCCUCAUUUUUUUCUUACAAAGAAAGUCACAAAACAAUAACUGCUAAGUUGAUUGCCUUCAUUACAUGAAAAGGUUUGAUACCAUUGUUUUAUCCUCAUUUGAUAAGGCAUUGUUUUAUCCUCAUGCGCAUGUUAGGAAAAGUGACAGGUUAUAAGCACCAGAACAUAACUUCUCUGCUGAUUAUGAGCUGAAGAGAGAGACUCUCCAUGAAGGGAAGUCCUCUGGGAUUUAAAAGAUUGACUGGGAUGCAGUUUGACUAUUUUAUUGCAAAGACAAAAGCAUCUGACAGAUCACAUGUCAUUGCUCCUCAUACAAACACAUCGCAAAUUCCUGUUGUUCAGAAUCCUUUGAGACACACACACACACACACACACUAAGAACACAAAUAAGAUGUUCCUGGCGGUUAGUUGGCAGCAGUGCUACCUAACUGGGGAGCCACACACAGUGAGUCAUAUGACAGCCAGCUUCUUGCACCCUCUUGUCCUCCUCCGUAUGGAUCACAAUGGGCGUGUUGAGCAGGCAAGCUGCACCACCAAUCUCUGCAUCCGCUGCCCACACAGCAUGAGCGUUGAUACGGUUGUUGCUCACGUGUCCUUCCUUCCCUGUCCUUCUGCCCUAUAUUAUUUUCCAAGUGAGACUUGUGUUGCUGAUUCAAGGUCAGCAACACACUGCAGCUGCUCCUGAAGGGAGGAUGCAUCCAAGUCACAAUCAGAUGCUUCACUGAGGCGUCUACACACCGAAUAGCCUGGCUGGCUGGACUUCAACAGGUAGCAGCACGGCAGGGCGACCAUGCAUCAAAUUAAAUGCACAAAACCCUCUUCAUUUCUUCUUGCUUGUGAUUAAAGCAAACACCACACCAGGCAGAUCCCCCGGCCAUCGAGCCUUCACCCCCACUCACACCUCCGGCAGGGAUGCCUGGACUGUCCGGCUGCUUCGCUCAGCUGAACCGUUGGCUUGGGAUGCCAUCCACUGGUGAUCCGCUGCUGCUCCACACCCAGACCACGCAGCUGCCUCGACACAUUGUUCACAACUGUCGACCCUGCUCAGUGAUCUGGACAGCUGCUGGCACGCCAUGGCGACAUACGGUCUCACAGAUGAAGACAGCUACACUUCUGGCAGUCUUGUCCUUCAGCGGUUGUGCUUCAGUCCGUUUGGUGAAGUAGUCCUCCAUGAUCGCCACGCAGACACAGCCCUCCUAUGAUGGCGUCAAGCGUGGACACGUCUUUGCCAACUUAUUUCCAUGGUUUUGUGGGGGGGAGGGGUGGGUGCAGAGUGCAGGGCCGGUGACGUCUUCUGGAACCAACACCAGCCUUGUGGUAGCGAUCACGUGCUGCUGGCUACUUCUUCACAUCAGCUGUAACACCAGGCCACCAAAAUCUGUGCUGUAAUCUACUCACAUAACUAAAAUGCACUCAGUUAUACUGACUAAAGAUGCUGUGAAUGAUUGAAUCACUGAAUGUGCAGUGCCCGCGCGCACGCGCAGUGCUCGUGAGCCUCCGCCACGGGUGUGGAGAGGCGACUGUGACCGCGGUGGGCCGGUGGAAGCCCCUGUAAUCAAAGGGUGCUUGACGGGCCGUCAUUCUGUUCCCGCUACCCGUCAUUACCUCACAAAUACUCAGUCGACCUCACCGCAAUAGAAAGUGAGGCUUCAGUUCAUUAGGUAAUCGUGCAGGAGGAGAAGGUUUUGAAGGCCCGCCGCACCGUCACGGCGCAGUCAGUUCGCACACGCCAGGCUCAGUGUGCCGCGGCAAGCUGCAGCGCCCGCCUGUUGGUGUGGACGGUGCGGCGGUGUGUGAAGUGUGAACCUCUGGUGUUGUGUUACACGUGUCCCCACGUGUAACACAACACGGUGCGUGACACGGGAGUGGCGUGUGGUGGUGACCGGCGCGGCGGUGAGGGAUGGACGUGGUGGUGCAGGGCGGUGAAGUGCUGCAGCAGUUCUGUGGCGGCGGUGAGGCAGCGGGCAGGGCGGCGUGGGGACGUGACGUGACGUGACGCAGGCGGCACGUGAAGGUGCUGCUGAGGAGUGUAUGGUGGUGGUGGUGGAGGUGCUGGUGAUGGGUGUGUCGCCUGUGGUGGUGGCGGUGGUGAUGGUGGGUGUGUUGGCUGUGAUGGUGGUGGUGGUGGUCGUGGCCGCGGCUCGUGCGUCACGCCAGGCAAGCCGUGAGCCCUGCCCGCCAUCUUGCAGCUGGGCCUUGGCCUGGCCCGCGGCGGCGCUCGCUCUCCAAGACGAGGCAACACAGGACCACUCCUGCCCGGCAACCUGCCACGCCUUCUGCAGGGGCAAGGCUGCGGGUGCUCUCCCCCAGGGCAGUGUUUGAUGGCGCCCCUGGGAUUAUGAGUGAGGCAGUGACAUCCCCCCUGCCCCCGCCCGCUCCCUCUCCCCCAAGACCCUUGAGGCCAGGUCGUUCGAAACAGUUGGGCAAAAUAGUAAUGUCAGAAGUAAGAGUAAGCUGUGAAGGAAGAACAUCUGUCAUAAAGUGUUACUGGAGGCACGAAAAUGUCAAAGAAGUGCAAAGACAAUUCAGAAGACACUUUGACAGGGAUCCACCAAGGUGGUCCGAUGUGCCUCUGGAUGUGCUUCUCGGAGUCACGGUGGACGACCAGCUGACCUGGAAGCAGCAUGUCGCCAGCACCGUAAGAUCCGCUACCUACAAGCUGUACAUGAUGCGCAGCCUCAGGUCGCUGGGGACACUGACAGACGAGUUAAGGGGAGUGUGCCUCACCUUCAUCCUCCCCAAACUCAUGUACGCCUCCCCAGCGUGGUCCUCCUCCCUCACACACACUCAACAGCUCCAGCUGGAGAGAGUGCAGAAGAGGGCGUGCAGGGUCAUCUUUGUCCCUGCCUACACCACCUGUGAUGAAGCCCUGACCACCCUGAGUCUGUUCAGACGUCCAGACUAUCCACCAGGCACCGAGAGGCUCUGGAGAAGUUUGGAAGGGGACUUUUGCAUCAUCCACGCCUCAGACACAUGCUUCUGCCUGACGCACCUCGCCUGGUCCGUGCCACCAGACACCACAACAAGAUAACGCCCCUAAAGGCGCCGCGCACGGACCGGUACAGACUCAGCGCGAUUCCCACCAUGGUGCGAGCCAUCAAUCAACAGUAUUUCGCUUCUAUAUUAGGUUUAGCUUCAUGUUUAAUGUUAAGUAUUUUCCCACCCCCUCUGUACAUUUUCAGUCUGUAAACUGCCUUAUUAAUAAACCAUUUAUUAUUAUUAUCAUUAUUAUUAUUAUUAUUAUUAUUAUUAUUAUUAUUAUUAUUAUUAUUAUUAUUAUUAUUAUUAUUAUUAUUUUUAUUAUUAUUAUUAUUAUUAUUUUUAUUAUUAUUAUUGUGUUUAGUGUUUGUGGUAUAUAGUCUUGCCUCGUUAGUGCCUCAUUUUCUACUUUCUGAGUGUGUGCAAUAGAAAACACAGUGAAAACAAUUACCAGGAAAGAAAAGAGUAAGUGUACUCACCUCAAGAGUGCAGGUGUGUAGACUCUGGGAGACGGGAGGAAGCAAGGCGUGAGGCGGGAGGUGCCUGUGGGGAGAGACACACUGUGCUUCAUGCUCUUACAUUUAUACUCCACAAGCACAAGUCUGUACCUGUGUACAUCUAUCUAUCUGUAUCUGUCUGUAUAAACAGAGAGACAGACAGACAGAGAGAGAGGGAGAGAGGGAGAGAGAGAGAGAGAGAGAGAGAGAGAGAGAGAGAGAGAGAGAGAGAGAGAGAGAGAGAGAGAGAGAGAGAGUCAUCCAAAAAUAUACUCACUGUUUGACUAGCUAUAAUUCACUGAUUUUUUUUUU